AUGGAAUUCUACAAAUCCAUUAGUAAUGUCAAAAAAGGUCCUAUCCUAGUGCUGUGGAUUCUAGUAUUGUUAAAUCCGUGGAGCAAGCAUCUUGUUAUUGCUUACCCGGAUGGAGCGCCAAAUCAUGUUUGUGACACUAUGCAACCUAGUUUACAAUUUCAUGGACCAAGUAUCGUUGGAAAGGAUCAAAAAUUUCCUUACAAAAUAGUUGCCAGCACUAGCAAGAUCAAACCUAAACAAGGAUUAGCUAUCAAAAUAAAUGGAACCAUAGCUUACAAAGGUAUAUUACUGGAAGCCAUUCAUUUUCCUACUGGAAAAAAGAUAGGUACCUUUAUCAACCCCAGACCCGGUACUGCUAUAUUAAAAUGUACCGAUGGUUCUAUUGCUAUAACUCACGAUGGAACUAAACUUUCCUUGUUGAAUACUCAAUAUUUCUGGCGAGCGCCCGAUAUAUACAUACCGGGAACCGUAGUUUUUUACGCUACCAUAGUCAUCAAAAAGAAUUUUUACUAUGUGAAAAAGCCUUCUCAACCUAUUUCUCUACUUCCGGCAUAA